AAAAUUUAUGCAACUUCUAGACACAUAAUCUCCGCAAGAAGAGAAGUUGACGGGGAUGUUGAGAAGGAAUUUUACACGCCGAACCUUGCGAUGGGGACGGCAGCAACGCUACGAAAUUCAAGUACCUUGACUCUUUCAUGGGGUCCUGCUGAUCCCGAAAUCGAGUACUACACCUACUUGCAUUUUGCUGAAAUUGUGAGCGCGGAAUUAUACUUUCGAACCCAUAUGGAUCAAAUCUUAAAUCCACCUCUGAUUGUGAGCCUAAACCCUAACCAGAGCAGAAAAUUUGAUGUCGUUAUUAAUGAUGAAACUGUGUGGGCAGAAUUUGAGCCAGAGUACUUGACCACUUUUGUCAUGGAAGAUAAGCGAAUGGCUAGCAAAUUCAACUGCACGUUGCGUCGAACCAACAAUUUGACGCUACCACCGCUUAUUAAUGAACUUGAGGUUUAUUCUUCUAAAAGGUUAUUGAAGCUUCAUACUGAUGAAAAUGAUGUUGAUGCAAUCAUGGAUAUUAAGGCAACUUAUGAUGUGAAGAAAAACUGGCAAGGAGAUCCAUGCUUCCCGAAAGAUUACACAUGGGAAGGUCUUCGCUGCAAUUACAGUUCCAGCAGUUGUACCCGAAUCAUAGGCCUGGAUCUAUCGGACAACGAUUUGACUGGUCCAGUGCCUAGCUUUCUUGCUGGAUUUACAUCCUUGAGGUUCCUAAACUUAACUGGGAACAAGUUCUGGGGUUCAAUUCCAGUUGAGCUUUCUGAAAAAGCAAAUAAUGGAGUCUUGUUGCUCAGCAUGGAUGGAUUUGUAGCCCGAAAUCCAAAUCGUUGUCAAUCAGUUGAAUGUAACAAAAAGAAGUUUACAGUUCCAGUAGUUGCAUCAGCAGCUGCAUUGUUGAUACUCUCAAUUGUGGCUAUCACUAUUUGUUACGUCAUGAAACGCAAAGGGAAUAAAAGGGUCAAGUCUUUUGAGUUGAAAAGCCAGCGAUUCUCAUAUACUAAAAUAGUGAGUAUGACCAACAACUUUGAGAAUAUUCUAGGCAGAGGUGGACUUGGGAUAGUAUACUAUGGCUACUUGGAUGGCAAAGAAGUUGCUGUGAAGAUGCUUGCUGAGACUGGUUACAAGGAAUUUCAGCUUGAGGCUGAGCUACUGGGAAGAGUUCAUCACAGAAAGUUGAUUUCACUUAUUGGGUACUGUUAUGAAGGUGCUUAUAUGGCACUUGUGUACGAGUACAUGGCAAAUGGGACAUUUGCUGAUGCAAGUCAUAGUCAAAAAUCACUGAGUUGGAUUGAGAGACUUCAAGUUGCCCUGGAUGCAGCAGAAGGUUUGGAUUAUCUGCAUAAUGCUUGCACGCCGCCUAUUGUCCACAGAGAUGUUAAGAGUACCAACAUCUUAUUAGAUGAAAAUUUCCAAGCAAAACUUGCUGAUUUUGGAAUUUCCAGAGCUUUUUCGUUAGAUGAGAGCUCUUUUGUGUCAACAGCAGUUGUUGGCACCAUCGGUUAUCUUGAUCCUGAGUAUGCUCAUUUACAGAAGUUGCAUGAAAAGAGUGAUGUUUAUAGCUUCGGAGUCGUGCUUCUGGAACUAGUCACAAGACAGCCCCCUUUGGUAACAAGCAAAAACUUUCACAUAACUCAAUGGGUUGGUCUUUCCCUUACCACCGGUGAUGUUGCCGAUGUUAUUGACCCCAGGCUAGAGGGAAGCUAUGAUAGUGAAUUGGUGGAAAAAUAUGUAAGAUUAGCAAUCAGUUGUUGCUCACCCUCCUCGGCUAAUAGGCCAACCAUGCAUUAUGUGGCUAAUAAACUGGAGCAAUAUUUAGAAGCAGUAAAAGGGGUUACUAAAGGCAGAGAGUUUGAUUCAGAAUAUUCAACUUUAACAAUCCCUGUGCUUCUUGAUAGCAAACUCUCAGACAGCCAAUUACCUAGGAAGAUAAAGGCGCUUCCAUAUAUUCCUUGUCAAAUCCGAAUCAAGAAAGCUGCUUUUCUCUCUG